UUCCCAUUACUGUGACUUGUACUGCCUGCCUUUUGAAACAGCAGUUAAAGAGCAACACGUUUCUUUCUGCUGCCUCUCAUCCUCUCAUCCUCUCAUCACAGGUUUAAGAAAACAGGUGUGAAGAUGUUUACAGUGGAAACAAACUUCCUGCUAGUGCUGUCGCUUCUCUCACUGUCAGCUGUUCAGGGUGGUGACUGGGGAGUGAAUUAUCCUCCGCAAGAGAUGUGUGCAUUGAGAGGAUCCUCUGUGGUCAUACCCUGUACAUAUGAUUAUCCUGAAAUCUUUAAGGGCACAGUUUUAACUGUAGUAACUGUGAAGUGGUUCAGGAGUUCUAUUCCUGGUAUUGCUGAUCGCGACACAUACGUGUAUCACAGCACUGGGAUCAAUGUGAGUCUUGAAUAUAAAAACCGGACAGAGUAUCUGGGGAACAAAGUGAAGAACUGCACGCUACAGAUACGUGAUCUGCAAAGCAACGACACUUACAGAUAUUAUUUUAGAUUUGAAACAAAUCAACAAGACGGUAAAUGGACUGGUGCCUCUGGAGUGUCCCUUUCAGUAACUGAGCCCAAGGUUACCCUGGACCCUCCUGUUCCAGACAAUACUGUGAAAGAAGGAUCUUUCGUUAACCUGACCUGUGGCUUUGACCGCUGCACCCUGAGUGAGAGCAGCUUUGUCUGGUACAGGGAGGGGCAGCCAAUCAGAAACAAGAAAUCAAACAAACUUCAGUUUAAUGUUUCUUAUGAGCAUUCUGGGAAGUACUGCUGUGCUUCUGCUGAGAACAGCAGCAUUAAAUCUGAAGAAAUCAACCUGAUUGUGAAUUACUCCCCAAAGAACACCUCAGCCUCAGUCAGGGCUCCCGGUGGAAUAGCGGAAGGGAGCUCAGUGACGCUGACCUGCACCAGCAAUGCAAACCCACCAGUCAGCAGCUACACCUGGUUCAGGAGGGAUGGAAAUGGGGAUGAGGAGAAAGCUCGUCAGCAGCAUCUGAAUUUCAGCAGCAUCACCUCCAGUGACAGCGGAGAUUAUUAUUGUGAAGCUAACAAUACUCUAGGCGUACAGAACUCUUCCUCGGUUCAUCUGAGUGUGACAGGCAGGUAUCGUGAGGAGACGGGUAUUGAAGACUUGAAACAGCACUUAAACAAUUAAAGAUUUGCAUUGUUCAAAUAAAAAAAAAGGAUAAAUAAAAUAAAGUCGUUUGCUAGAAUUUGUUUUCAAAGGUUGUUCAAAUAUAGAUAUGAUCUUUAUCUUUUGACAUUCAUAUUUCGCUUCAUAAUUACUCACAUGUUUUUCACAAUAGGUGAUGGGGUAAUUAGUGUUCCUAAUGGUAAGAAGGCCACUUCUGAUUGGAUAGUAGAAGUGCAGUGUAUGGCCCUGGAGAAAAGGUGCAGGGGAAACGCUUUCCCUUUAUACUGUGAGAGAAUUCAAAUGAAAUGACAGGCCUUUAUUUUUAUAGCAUUAAUUCAAUGCAACCAAUGGAUUCUAGUUAGUAAUAUCUGUGCUGUGCUGUGCUGUGCUGAUAAUGCAAACCCUUUCUUCAUUCUAGUUAGUAAAAUCUGUGCUGAUAAUGCAAACCCUUUCUUUACUCUAGUUAGUAAGAUCUGUGCUGUGCUGAUAAUGCAAACCCUUUCUUUACUCUAGUUAGUAAGAUCUGUGCUGUGCUGAUAAUGCAAACCCUUUCUUUACUCUAGUUAGUAAGAUCUGUGCUGUGCUGAUAAUGCAAACCCUUUCUUUACUCUAGUUAAUAAGAUCUGUGCUGUGCUGAUAAUGCAAACCCUUUCUUUACUCUAGUUAGUAAGAUCUGUGCUGUGCUGAUAAUGCAAACCCUUUCUUUACUCUAGUUAGUAAGAUCUGUUCUGUGCUGAUAAUGCAAACCCUUUCUUUACUCUAGUUAGUAAGAUCUGUGCUGUGCUGAUAAUGCAAACCCUUUCUUUACUCUAGUUAGUAAGAUCUGUGCUGUGCUGUGCUGGGAAUGCAAACCCUUUCUUUACUCUAGUUAGUAAGAUCUGUGCUGUGCUGAUAAUGCAAACCCUUUCCUUCUUUGUGUGUUUUCUUGUCUUGUACAGCGAUCAUGAGAAUGAAUAUGUUAAUAUAUGCAGUGGCUGGGAGUGUGCCUGUGAUCAUCUUGCUUAUCCUGGUGAUUAUCAUUUGCAUCAAGCGGAACAAGAAAGACCAACCAAUCGAAAAAGUGAAUGUGAAAAGCGAAGGAGGGAAUCAGGAGCUCACGGUUAUAAAUACAAUAUAUGAAAAUGUAAAUGGAUUGCCUUCUAGCGGAGGAACGCAAGAGCAUGUAGAGGAGAUACACUAUGGAUCCAUCCAGUUCCAGGAGAGAAACCAGCCUCACGCACCGAUAGAUGAUAAGAACAUCCCUUUAGAAGACUCUGUCAUCUACAGCACAGUUGCCAAGCCAGUCAGCUGAACGAAACGCAGGUUCACAAUUGUGCAGCAAUGCUGAGGAACACGCUGCAGUCAUUCAAGAUCUUUUGCCACGUAUCCUCCUUCAAGCAUUGGGACAGGUGAAGAAAUGUCGAGCAACGGAAGGAGGGCACGUGCUUUACCAACACAGAGCCCUUGCUUACCAGAGUGUGAGCAACCCCAAUCUGAGUCUUCACGAGCAGCAUGUGUACAUGCAGUUAAAAUGUCACGACUCUCUGUCUCAAGGAAAGAAACGCAAUGUCAGAUUCUUGUGUAAAAGCAAAGCUCAUUUAUUAGUAUUUGUUUCUUAAAUCCACAAAGCAAGGUGACAGUCAGUAAAUUACAU